AUGACUGAUAAAGUUUCAUCAGAUGAAUCUAUGGUCGAGGAAGAGGUGAUAAAGGACUUUGACGCGGAGGCAAAGUUAAUUAUUGAAACAGGAAUUUCACCGAAAAAAUCAGCUAAUAGAUACCAAAUGGUCUACGAAAGUUACAAAAAAUGGCAAACUGAACAUCGAAAUUCUCUUUCGGACUUGGAAGAAAGUAACUUGAUCGUGUAUUUCACAGAGUUAAGUAAAAAAUUAAAACCGCCAACAUUGUGGAGCAUCUGGUCUAUGUUAAAGAAAACACUUAACGUAAAAGACAAUGUCGACAUUAGCAAAUUUCAUAAUUUUAAGUGUCUGAUUAAAAACAACUCCAAAGGUAACAAGCCUAAGAAAUCGUAUGUGUUCACGUGGAACGAGAUCAUGAAUUUUAUGAACAAUGCACCAGAUUUGGUGUAUUUAGUUGUUAUCCUCGUAUUUGGCAUCUGUGGGGGACUAAGAUGUGACGAAAUUACUGAAUUAAAGGUACAGGGUGUAGAAGAUCUUAACAAUAGCAUUAUCCAUGCAGCUACACCUAGUGAUCAGUUCAGUCCUCAACCAUCAACCAGUGGAGACGAUUCGGUUGCAAUAAUUGAUAAAAAUAUCAAUGAAAAGUCUCAGCGCGAAGAAGCUGAAUGUGAUAACUUCGAUAAUUUUGAUAUGAAUGAUGUAGAUUUAGCAAAAAUUGACGAAUUAUAUAAAUCAAAAAUAUCUGAUUCACCAGCAACAUUUUUUACAAGUGCAAAGAGCAAAAAAGUACUUACUUCUAAUAACAAAUCACAUUUGCCGACGCAUUCUAGUCUUAAAUCACCUGUUAAAAUAUUUUCUAAGGAGUCAGAAAAUAUACCACCGUCAAAAAGAUUCAAACCUGACGCUCAAAUUCAUGGGUAUAAUCAAUUAUCGGAUUCUCAAUCAAUAAAGACAGCAGCUGACAAGACUAUUUGCAAUAGAUAUGAAAGUUGCGUUUUUCAUGGCAACAUUGUUGUCUUUUUUUUUGCUUUGUUUUUGAUGCCUGCCCCUGCCAACUUGACGCACUCGCUUCGCUCGUGCUUUCAAAUGUCGCGAGGCAGGCAUCAAGAACGCAACAAAAAAAAAAUAAAGUUUUAUAAGGUUAAAGAUUAUACUCUAUUAAAACGAUUCAGCGAAAUUACUGAUUUCAAACAGUGUACUGAGAAUACUUAA